AUGUUGGAAUCAAACUGGCCACUUAUGCCAAUUGCUUUAUUUUACCUUUUGUGUGCUAUUGUCGGUGUUGUUGGAAAUGGAAUCAUGAUUCUGGUGUUCUUGAAGGAAUCGAAAUUCAAACUUCCCGUCAAUUAUUUGAUUACUUUAAACUGCUUGGCGGACUUGUUUCACGUUUCCGGGCAUUUUGUUUUCAAUUAUCAAUUGUUUAACGAUGAUAAAUCAAGUCAAGCAGCAUGCUUCUUCAUGAUGAUUCAUACAGUAAUUGGCUACUGUAUUAGUGGACCUUUAUUGUUAGCUAUUGGCAUUGACAGAAUAAUUGCUUGUCGUUUUCCAAUAACCUAUCGACUUCUACUAAGUUAUGGAAGUGUGUAUCUAGGCAUUCAAUUAAUUUUUCCAAUAACAUUCACUUCUGCCUUGAUGAUUUAUGGAUAUCAAUUUAUUGAUUACAACACUCAAAUAAUCUGUAUGGCUCCUCUUGCUCUUCCACGACAAGCUUUUGGUUAUUUUACAUAUUCCAGUAACAUCAUAAACGUGAAAAUUGUAAUUGUCUAUGCUUAUACUUAUUUUGUGCUCCGAGGGUAUAAAGAAAGAGAUGCAAAUCGAAUGAGAUAUGUCUUCAAAUCAAUUGCUCUGACUGUUAUAGUUGUAUUAAUUGGAUGGACAACUGUAACAAUUGGAAACACAAUUGCACUUGGAGUAAUAGAAGACAGACACACUUCUGAAAUUAUAUCGAUUCAUGCUGGUUUUGGUGUUAACAUCUCAUGUUCAAUUAAUGUCAUCGUGUUCUAUGCGAUAAACUCAGAGUAUCGUUCGGCAAUUCGUCGAUUGUUCGGAAUGAAGAUUCAUUCAUCUGAUGUCAGUAAAAGUGAUCCAUCUGUAAUUACGAAAAGAAUCAGCAUAGUAUCUCCUGCAACUGUUCAUUUUUGA